AAAAUCGAUCUCAUCCACCAAGCCCCAAGCUUUUCCCCACACUCCAAUGGCAGAUAAGGUUGUUCUCCUUUCCUCCUGGGCCAGCGUAUUCGGUCUCAGGGUGCAGAUCGCAUUGGCCGAGAAGGGAGUGGACUACGAGUUCAGGGAAGAGGACCUCUUUGACAAGAGCCCCUUACUCCUUGAAUCAAACCCAGUUCAUAAGAAAGUCCCGGUGCUGAUCCACAAUGGGAAGCCUAUAUGCGAAUCCUCCAUCAUCAUCCAAUACAUAGACGAGGUUUGGACAAAGGGCCCUUCACUUCUGCCCAAGGAUCCUCUCCAACGUGCUAAUGCAAGAUUUUGGGCCGAUUUUAUCAACCAAACGAUAUAUCCAUGCAGUUCGAGGAUUUGGAGGAACAAAGGAGACGUUCAAUCUGCGGCAAAGAAAGAACUUAUAGGGAUACUGAAGCAAUUGGAAGGAGAGCUUGGAGAGAGACCUUUUUUUGGAGGGGAGACACUUGGCUAUGUUGACAUAGUCCUUGUGCCAUUCUCCCGUUGGUUCUAUACAUACGAGACUUUUGGAGGAUUCAGUAUUGAGAAAGAGUGUCCCAAGCUGAUGGCUUGGGUCAGGAGGUGUAAUGAGAAGGAGAGUGUCUCCAAGGUUCUUCCUGACCCUCACAAGGUUUAUGAGAGAAAUUGUGGCCUUAAGAAGAGGCUGGGACUUGAAUAGAAACGGUUAGAGAAGUUUGGAGGGUACGUGAAUAAACAGUGCUAGGAUGGAAUCUAAUUAUACUCAAGAGAUAUAUGCAAUUAAUUGUGCUUCAUAGUUUUCAUUAUGGGUAACUUACCGGUAUAGGUUGUUGUGGGCCUCAUAUGUAAUAAAGAUGCUUGUUGCAUCUCUCUCUCUCCC